AUGUCCAUGUUGACCUUGCCAGACGACCUGGUCCUUGAGAUUGCUCAGUAUCUCAUACCAGCCUGGGAUGGACUUGGUUUCACAAAAAUAUCAUCUCGCCAUUAUCACCUCGAUUUCACCCUGCAAAGCCUCUGCGCUGUCAACCACCGUAUUCGAAUGAUAUGUCUGCCUGCGCAAUUUCAAGUACUCGUCAUCGGAGUAGACAGCUACGCUCUAGAGAAGGAAGCAGACUUCAUACGACGGACGUUGUUGUCUCGUUCCGACAUCUCUACAUACCUGCGCUCUGUGCACUUCGUAGGUAAAGAAGACACCAAUUGGUCACGACCGACAAUCGUCGAAAUCCAGUGGAUUCAUCUCAACCAAAUCGUGCAAGAUCUCCUCAAAUUUGCACCAGGUCUCGUUCGUCUCGAUAUCACACAACGUUUGGGGAGGCCGUCCAUCACAGCGCAACUCCUAGACGUCAUAAAUGAACAUCCCUCGCUUAAGACCGUGGAGAUAGACUCGCCCGAACCGCUCUUGAUGUUGGACACCGAAACAAUUCAAUCCACGUCGCUCAGCCGGAUCAGUUGCGGAUACCUUUCACUCGGUCAUAAAUUUCACCCUUUCUCGUGGGAAACCAUGGGGAAAGUCCUCCGCACGGCAGGCGGCGCACGACUUCGCACUCUUACAAUACCCUCGGAGGGCAUUCCGCAAGAAUGGGGAUCGCUUUCUCUGAACGGAUUGGAGACGCUCGGAAUCGAUCUGACCCGUUCUGUAUCAAAUCUGUUCCUCGAACACCAGGCAAUUUCAUUCAUGGCCCGUCAUCCUUCGCUCAAGAUCAUCAGGGUCAGCAUGCUGUCACAAUUCCUUCCUUCCCGAAUCUUGUCACCACUUCCGUGCAUGGCCGAAUUGUACGCGUUGAUAGCGGCGGAACGUCUUGAGGAUUCCAUACUCUUCAGUGGCUUGGGCCUCAAACGAAAGAUUGCCACACCGGUACUGAAGGGUGGAAGCGAGGCGUCUUCGAGGUGUAUUACCAAGGCCUAUCUAAGCCUUAGGAAGAAUUGCAUCCUCUCUCUGCCGCUGUUCACGAAGACCGUGCAGUUCACCGACCUAUUGAGAAUACAGAUCGACGACACAGACAGGAGUGAGGUUACAAUUCAUGAUCUCUUCAACGCCGUUGAGGUCUGUCAUCCGUCGCUGCAGAAAAUCACUCGACUCGAGUUCCCUCGGGUUCCACUUUGGGAAAGUGGUGUGGCGAACUUUAAUACCGCCGGCGCGGCCGGAGGAGUACUUCUCGACAUUGAUGAGUUCGAUUUCAGAGACCAUGAGCUCGAUGAAUUCGAUGUGGAGGAUCAGGAGAAGGCGUGGUUCAUCGUGGAAGAGGGGCUACGCGUGUAUGCAGAUCAUCUGGUGCAAUCCGUACAAAAGCUCGGCGCUCUGUGUCCGCUGCUGGAGGCAAUUGAAAUCGGCCUGGAUACUUCGGCCACCGGAAUUUGUUACAAAUUAGAGAGCAAGCGAGGAGAAGAGGGGCAUGAGAAUUUGAUGACGGUGACAUGGAACUUCACUUUCUAUUGA